AUGUCAUCAUUAGAUCCUUCGCUUAGUACAACACCAAGUACAAAUAGAAGAGGUACCUUUUCUAAAGCUAAAAGUUUUAGAAGAGCUGCUUUAAAUUUAGAACCACAAGGUACACCUGGACAACCACACGCAUUUAGAUUCUUAAGUGGUGAGGAAUAUUCAGGACCAGAUAUUAUAGAGAAUAUAAAGAAACCAAUUAAUAUUAAUAUAGAAUCAGAGGAAUAUAAAACACCACUAUUUUUAGGAGCAAAUGGAACAUUAUAUAAUAAAUAUUAUAUACCAAUUAAAAUCAUUGGAAUUGAUGAACCAUUACCACAAACUGGUUUAUCACCAUCAUUAUCAUCCUCUUCAUCAUCUUCAUCAUCACCAUCACCACCAACUACAACAUCUACAACACCACCACCACCAAAUAAUAAUAAUAAUAGUAAACAAAUUAAAAAGAAUAAUUCUAUAAGCGAUUUAACACCAUAUUUAAAUUUUAAUUCAACCGAUCAAAUAUAUACAUCAUUUCCAGAGUCAAUGGCAUUUGAUGAUUAUAUGGAUUAUGAAGAAUCAUUGGUUGAAUGGAAGAGACAAGUCGAACAAAAUCUUGGUAUAAUUCAAUUACCACAUUCAAUUGGUAGAACUUACCCAAGACCAAAGGUAAUUCACGAACAAUUAUUUAGAAAGAAUUCAGAAGCAUCAAAUGAUGAUUCCAUCUCUUAUGACAUUGAAAGAAAAUUAACAGAUUCUGAUAUUAAGGAAACUAAUUCCUCAGUUAAUGAUGAUGGUGAGUCCUUUUCACAUUCUCCAACAUUAAGAGGUAACAAUGGAAGUUCAUUAUCAGUUGGUGGCGGCGGUGAUAAUCAUGAUAAUACCUCAAAUAAAGAUAAUGCCUCCUCACAAGGCACCAACCAUGGUGUAACAUUAAAUCAUCCAAACUCUGGUAUAAAUUUACGUGAACGUUCAAAUAGUGAUACAAGUACAGGAUCAUUUGAAGGUACACAAUUGGAUGGAUCAAGUCCAAUGGAUGGUAGUCCAAGUACAGGAUCAUUGGCAGGAUUUGUAGCAAAUGGUACAAGAAGUAGAACCAAUAGUAUUACAUAUUUCGAUCAGAGAAAUCAACGUUCCAAUUCACUUUCACCCAAACAUUCCAUGUUACAAAGUCGUCUAGCAGAUUCACAAUCAUUGGAUAGUUCAAUGUAUGGUAAAAUGGGUAGAUCAGGUUCAGGUUUUGGUAUGGAUCAUGAGAGUUGGUUCCUUCAAAAGGACCCAUGGGAUUCUCAAUUGAUUCUAACUGAACCACAUCCAGAUUUAUUCUCAACCUAUGAAGAGUAUGAAUAUGCCAUGAAGAAUUGGGCACAUGAAGUUAUCACUAAAACUUCAAUCCUUCCACCUCAUCCAGGUCAAUUCAUUCAAUUACCAAAGAAUUCAGAAUUAUCAACAGAUGAUGGUAGUGGUGGUGGUAGUGGUGGAAGCGGGGUAGAUGGUGUUGGUGGUAAUCAUCAGUUGGGUGGAUCAGCAAGACAUAUGUUGGAAAUGGAUUUUGAAAUGGCAAAGAAUCAAUCCAAUUGGACACUUCGUCCAAUCAUUCGUCCAAUUAUAACAGAGGAAACAAUGAUAUUCAAUAGAAUUUUAUCACAAUCCAAUUUGAAGCAUACAGAGUACGAUCAUUUGUUCUCAAUCGAUCAAGAGUUACCACCAUCACAAGUUUGGAAAACUUUAGAUUCCGAUGAAAAAUUAAAGAUUACAGAAACCAUUGAUCGUUGGUAUAGAAAGAAGUUAACGAUUCAACGUCAAACCUCCACUUGGUUUAGAGGUGGUCUUUGGGCAAAUCACUUUUUAAUGCCAAACAUUCAAAGUGGUUGGAGAGAAUCAGUAUCAAAGAAAUCCUCGAUCUUACCACCAUUAUCUUUGAAAGCAUUACGUCGUCUCGAUAUUAAUAGUGAGGCAGAUGGUAAACGUGUUGAACAUUCUUUCCCAAUACCAGAAUUACCAAUUAAUUUCAAUAAACUAUUAGCACCAGAUAUGAAUCUUCAAUACUUUUUAGGUAUGCUUGAAAUGCCAACCGCUCAUAGUUUAUCAUCAGCAACUGGUGGCCAACAACAAGGUGGUUCUGGUGGUGGCAGUGGUGGUAGUGGUUCUGGUAGUGGCAGUGGAAGUGGUUUAAAUAUGAGUGGUACAAGUGGAUCAAGUGGAAAAAGUGAAAAAGAUAAAGAUAAAGAGACAGCAAACUAUAUUGCAAUGCAUUCCAUUAACAAUACCACCAAUGUUGGUACCAAAGAAGAUAGACGUCAAUAUACAAAGAUACUUCAAACCUAUGAACAGAGAUUACAAUUUAGUUUUCGUUUGGAUGCAUUAAAUAGUUGGAGUGAAGGCGGUUACACACCAAUGGAGCUACAAGAGAAGAAAUUAGAUAUUGAACAGUUGGUUGCAGCACCAGGAUUUGACUUACAAAAUGGUGUUUGGUCAUUGGUUAAUAACUCUGCCCACUUUUUAGAUAAAUUUCAAGAGACAUUCGAUCAAGUGGAUCUAAGAUUAUAUGCACCAGCCAUACCAAUGUUACCAGCAAUUGUACCAUCAGUUUUCAUCAAUGCUGGUGGUGGUAGUGGGGGUGGUAGUGGGGGUGCCAGCGGUGGUGGUAUUUCCACUUCAUCAGGUACUUCACCAAAUAUAGUUCGUCCUGGUAGUAGUAGUAUUGGAGGUGGUCAACCACCAUCGUCACCACAUAUUCCAAGUGGCUCAUCAUUGUUAAGUUCACCACCAAAUCGUCAAGGUUCAACAGGUUCAUUUAGUUUCAUUGGUUCACCAGGUGGUGGUGGUAAAAUUUCACCAACCAAUUCAAGUUCAUUGGAAUCACCAAGAACACAAUCACAAUUGGCAGCAGUAGUGGAGCGUGGUUCAUCACCAAGAAGUCAUUCAGGUGGUAGUAUUAGUACACAUCCAAAUACACCAAGUGUUAGUAGUAAUACAUUCCUUUCAUUGAUCAAUACCGAUAGUUUCCCAGAGUUACUUAAAUUUUUGGAUCUAACCAAUGAGAAAUUAGCACUUGGAAAAAUAUCAUCAUUGGUAUUAUUGGUGUUAACCUCUGAAUUAAAGGGUACAAUGGUCAUUGAAAAUAUUCUCUUUUCAAAAGAUUUACAAUCCCUCUAUAGAUUGGCACGUGCCAUUUCCUUCUUUGAUGCUGUACCAUUGGAUCUAUUCACUUAUCCAACCCAUUUGAAUGAAAUGUUAACACCAUCCAUCUUUAAAGGUUCAACACAAGAAGUGGUCAGAUUGGUAUUUGUAUAUUAUUAUUUAGGUAUAAUUCAAGAGCGUUUAAAUUUCUUUUCAAACAAUGUUGGUAUUCUUGGUUUUGUAAAUUCCUCAAGAAAAGAUGCAGCCGAAAGAAUUGGUAUUCAAUUUCAAAAUGAUAGAGAGUUUUUAUAUAAAAUAUUUAAAGCAUUGGGUAGAAAAUCAAUUUUGGUUAGCAAUUGUUUCCUCUUUGUAUUGAUUCAAUUAAUUAAAAUGUCUGAAUCACCAACGGUUCAAUCAUUGUUAAAAGGUGAACUCUUGACACAUAUCCGUGAUUUAUCAGCAAGUAAAUUCUCACAUUCAAGAUUCGCAGCUAAAAGAUUAUAUCAAAUUCUUCAAGAAGAUCCUUGGAAGGAGUUUUUAAUGGCUUCAUAUGCUGAAAGUAUUAAAAAGAAUGAAUCUCAACAUUUAACAGAUCUAACCACAAUGAAAGAAGGUCCAAAAUUAGCAAUACCUUCCAUUAGUCUCAUCUCUGAGUUAACAUUUAAUUUCUGUGUUGGAGUUUUAGAGAAUAUCAAUAGUACACCAAUUCCAAAACCAAUCUACAAAUUUAUAUUGAAUGAUUCAAUCUUUUUCCAACUUUGUAAUGCAAUUGUAAAAUGUAAAAAUUUCACUCAAAGUACACAAAUCGUUUCAAAAGUAUUCGCUUCACUCUGUAAGGUUUUAGCUAAAUUUAAUCUUUUCAAAAAUAGUGAUAGCAUUAAAAGUGGUGGUAAAGUUGAUCCAAAGAAACAAAACGAUGUUGAAACUGGUGUUGCUAUUUCUCCAACUUUAUUAUUUGAAAUUAUAGGUUUUUUACAAAAUUCUUCACUUGAUAAUAAUAGAUAUUGUUCAAUAAUUAAAACAAAUAUGUUAAUUGCAUUAAGACAAUUAUUAAAACAAUCAGAAAUUUUCGAUUCAAUUAAAAAAGAAGGUAAUCUUUAUAAUAAAUUUUUAAUUCCAGCAUGUAGAGAUGGUAAGAAUGUUGAAUUCAAUCGUAAUGUUUGGAGAUUAUUCUUUCAAAUGAUAAGAUUCCAUCAUGGUCAUAUUGAAUACUUGGAGAAGAGUAAAUAUUUAAAUGCAUUAAUGGAUAUAAUCAGUUUGAAUGCUGGUAAUGUAGUUUUAACAAAUGCACUACAUUACCUAAGUAAAUUAUUUAGUUUGGUUAGUUAUGAAACUAGAAAAAAUGCACUUCGUGCACCUGGCACUUUGUCAAUCGAUACUAAAUACAGUGAAAAAGAUGUCAAGUCCUUAUUAAAUUUCUUUGUAGAACGUUCAUGUUUCAUUAAAUUCCACAUGAUCUAUAAGAAACUCACAGAAAAUACUGAAGGCAUUCAAAUUGAUCAACGUUUAUUAAUAAAUAUUACUACCUUUUAUCGUAUCAUCUCUUUCCUUCCAAGUUGUCAAAAAUUAUUAAAAGAUACCCUCAAAAAUCCUGAGUAUAAGACUGGUAUAAUUCAAGUUUCAAAAAUGUAUAAACCAAGUGAAACCUUUUAA